AUGAGCGCCUUCGCGGGCGUGCCGAGGCGUCUUCGCAGCAGGCGCUGCCCGGUGCCGAGCCGGUUCCUCGUGGCGGCGAAGGAGGCGCCGCCGCAGGCCCGCCAGAGGGCCUCGAGCUCGCAGCGGCCGCUGCGCCCUGGCCCGCAGGGGGGCUCGCCAGAGGCGGCCGCGUGUCCCGCCACAGGCCGCGAGGCCCUCGAGCAGGCCCUUGCGCCGAGGGCUCGGAUGGAGGCCGCGCUGGCCGCCGCCGCUGCGGACCCGGCACCCGUCGCGGCGGCUCUGGCAGGGCGGCAGGCGCAGGCCGCGUUCGGCCUGGACCGCCAGCGGGCAGGGCCGGAGACCACGGGCGGCACGGGAGGCGCACUGGCGGCCGGGCGCGCGGCGCUCGCCCGCGAGGCGGCCCAGGCUGCUCGCCCCUGGGGCGCCGCGGGUGCGGCGCGCGGCCUGCUGGUGGAGGACUGUGCCGCCGCCGCCGCUGCAGCGGCCGCGGCGGCCACGGCGGAGGCCCUCCGCCCCUCGGCCGCCAGGCUGGCGCGCGCGGUGGCGGUCUCGUGCCAGCUGCUGGGCGCGGAGCUGGGCGCGGCGGCACAGGCAGCCGAGGCGCGGAGGCUCGCCGCCACGGGCGCGCUGCACGAGGCCACGCUGGCGAGCUUUCGGCAGCGGGGGCCGCAGGUGCUGAAGGAGCAGAGGGCGGCACUGGAGCAGGAGCUGCAGCAGAGGCGCGGGCAGGUUCUGGAGCGGGCGCUGGAGGAUGUGCGGGAGUACGGCACAACGGAGCAGCAGGCGCUGCAGGAGACAGCAAGGCAGACCCUGGCGGAGAGGCUCAAGGGGACCCGGGACGGCCUCUCCGAGAGGCUGGCCGUGUUGGAGGCUGCCGUGGCUCGGCUGGCAGACGUCGAGGCGACGGGCCAGCUCGGCGAACGCUCGUGUGGGAGCAUCUGUUCCGCGGUGCUCGCAGCACGGGGGAACCCCGCACAGCAGGGCCUCGGCGGCCGCGGGUGCGCCGUUGCAGACAACUUCGCGCGUGCUCUGCUGGACCAGGUCCCUGCCCUCGCAGGCGACUCCACGCCCUGCGCGGUGCCGUGCAGCCCCUUCGAGGGGUUCCCGGAGCGCGCGGCCUCCCUGGCGGCCGCCGCCCUGGCCCCCCCUGGCGGCGGCGGCGCUGCCGCGCUGGUGGGCUUCCUCUUCGCCCGCGCCGUCGUCUUGGGCGCGGACCGCGGGCUUGGCGCCGAGGCGAACGACGAGCGGCCCUGCUCAGAGGCGCGCCGGAACCUGGCCGCGCUCUCGGGCGCGGGCACCCUGGCGGCGCGGGGCCAGGCCGCGGAGGCGCUGCUUCUGCUCGAGGGCGGCCUCGCCGGAGAGUGCCGCGCCGCGGCGCGGGAGUGGAUGGCGGAGGCGCGCCGCUCGCUGGAGGCGCAGCAAGCCCUCAGGGCCCUGCUCGCGCGGGCGCGCUGCCUCGGCCGCGCCGAUGGCCACGCCGAUGGGCCACGCGAUGGUAGCCUGCACCUGCGCCGGACUCGGCCGCUGGCUCCUGUCGGGUAUAGCCAGGACCCCAAGCAAGGGGACCCGGUUAGUGGUAGGGCACCGGAGCCCCUAAAUUGGCCAGAGUCACUAAACCAGGUCUGCCGUAUCUGGUGUUUUUCGGGUGACGGCAAUUCCGGUUCGUGGGGAGGAAAGACCAACCGCAUCCGGUUUGCUUGGCGUUUUUGUGCAGCCUCCGGGCUUGACAUGCGCCCGCCGCCCUGGCAACGCGAAGGCGGCCAGAAGCGACAAUCGCAGGUUUGUUUCCCUUCGGCCUGGGUCAGGGGCUGCGGCCCGCGGCCCGCGGCCCGCAGGCCAGAGGGAGUUUGGGCACCAUCGCAGAAGGUAGGCGUCCACAGUCUUGGCUCAGAAAGAGCAGGACUGGAGCAACAAUUCAACUUCAUAGCUCCAUCUUGGCCAGCUUCGUUGGCGUGCUGAGUCUGCUCUUGGCGCCGCGGGCCAGAGACAGGCGUGGUGGAAAGGCGCUGUGGCUUGCACUGCGCUGGCACAGUGGAGCCCUCGUCCGUCUGCACGCUGCUUCCCUCGGGAGCCUGGGACUCUGGGCGGAGUCGGGGAAGUUCCUCGGGCCCAGGGUCUGCGCCCAGGGUCUGCGCACCGACCGGCCUUCUCGGCGGGGAAACCAUGCCAGCCAGUGGCCACCGAUUGGGGCAUUUUCUCUGCAACAGCUUUCAACCUCCAGACAUAUUGAUGACAUGGCGCCGUAGGGGGGGAGUCUAGUCGA